AUGCGUACCGACAGAACAACUGACGGAGACAGUGUGAACCGCAAGAAAGAGGCGGCGGGCCAGCACCGCGCGAGACCUGCAGCUGCCCCAGAGGGACCACAGGGAAGCUCCGUUCUGAGAAUUUCUCACUCUCAAGCGAGUCGAGACGAGAGGUGGCGAAAGAAGGGACAAGAGACAACUCAACUCCGGCAGAAUGACGGGAGCCGGCCGGUGAGAAAGGCGGAAGUCGUCUUGACUGCGACCGGCGGCACUAGAUGUGCCUUGCGUGAGUAUCGGUGGUUUUUGAGUGCGCUCUCUGCGGAGGAAAAGGGUGCCCGCCUGCUUCCCACUCAAACGGUCACGAAAAAAGACUACAAUGUCGAGUCUUCGCGCAGAAAGACGUGA